AUGGCCACGAGUCUUCAAGAGCAUAUCCAAUGCCAGGAAACGCCAACGGAAAUUAACGAAAAUGAAUGUCAUGGGAAGAAACCAAUCUUCUGUGAACCAUGCCAGUAUGAUGACUCAUUUGUAGAAGCAACGGGAUUUUGUGUGACAUGUUCCGAGUAUUUGUGUCAGACCUGUUGUCGCGAUCACAAAAGAAACAAAGUAACAAGAGAACACUCACUAUUAAAGAAUGAUGAUAUUCCCGUGGACAAAACGCCGUUCACGACCAUAAAGCAACUGUCGACCUGUGAAACUCAUCCUGAUAAUGACAUCGCAUACGAAUGCGGAGACCAUGAAGUCUUCGUUUGCGUUUUCUGUCUCACUGAGACUCAUCGGAAAUGCGAAAAUGUCCAUGAUCUAGGGGCUGUUGAUUCUUUCGAUUCGGAUAUUAACAUAAUGGCAGAACUUCAAGACAGAAUACAGGCUUUACAAUCACAAAAGGAAAAGCAACGAAAGACAAUUGAAAUAGAGCAACAAGAGGUUAAAACCAACAUUCAAAGUUUGGAAGAGAAAUGGAAGGACCAUAUAACCGGCUUGGGAAAUGACCUUGAAACACAGUUAAGCGAAAUGUCGAUCUCCGAGACGAAGAAACUGAUCGAACAUAUUAACGGCUGUCAAGAAAUCCAGACUGAGAUAAACAGGAAUAAGUCAUUGAUAGACACGCUUAUGAACCACGGAACUAAGCGUCAAAUCUCUGUUGUUCUGAGUCGAACGACCCAUGCACGCGCUAAUCUGAAAGAGAAACUUCAGACACUGGAACGUCAGCGUCAACAAAGUAUCGUCCUUAUGAACGUCAAAGAACUUUAUUUGCUAACAGCGAUCGCCGAGUUAUCUAUAGAAGAGGAGGGCAAAAAUGAACUUGACGUCUUGGAACACACAAGCGAUGAAGUGCUUGUCACUUUACAUUCUGAAAAUGAACCAAGGGAGACAAUCGAUAAAUCCAUACAGACCAGUUUUGAUGCCGCAAACUGCGAUGCAAACAAAAGGUCGCCAAAAACGCCAAAGAAAAUAGAUAAAUUCAUACAGGCCAGUUUUGAUGCCCCGAAUCCUGGUGCAAACAAAAAGUUGCCCAAAACGCCAAAGAAAAUAGAUAAAUCCAUACAGACUGUCUCUUAUGUUGCUAUCCCUGAUGCAAAACAAAGGUCAUCCAAACGGUUUUUAGAAAGACAAAUCGGGCAAAAAAUAGCUAUAUUCAAUGUUAAAACAGAGACUGACGUAUACACGUGCAGUAUUUUUGCCGUUUACUUAACGGAGUACGGAGUCCUCGUUGCUGAUUAUGGCAACAGCAAACUUAAGCUCAUCAAUCGUAAAUUUGAAUUAAUUUGUGAACACUCGCUGCCCGGACAGCCGGUCGAUAUGUGCUGCGAUGGAGAGAAUUGCUAUGUCUGUUAUUCAGACCUAAAGAAAGUGACAGCACUGUGCAUAAACAAGACAUCCAUUUGGAGUUGUUAUGAAUAUUACACCAAAUAUCAACCCCUUAGUCUGACUGUGUUCGACUCUCGACUUAUGAUUUUGUUUGCGUGUGAUGAGAAUUUUGACAACACUGAAGCUGACGAUGUACAUAUUGAAAUUCGAAAGGGAAGUUCAAUAAAUGUUUUCAUCUAUAAACCCUAUAACAACGGUUUUAAAGAAAUAAAAGAGGCAAAGCGAAUUUUUCUCUUCGAUGCGUCUUCCAUAGUUCUAUCGGAAAACACGAGGGUGUCCUGCUAUACGGUUGACACUGAAACAGAAGAACUACCAGAUCGAAAAUGGUUCUACAAAUCAUAUCAACAAAACGUUCUGGAAAAAGCGAAAGGGGUCGCGAAAGAUAGUGAAGGGAAUGUCUAUAUUUGUGGUGAAGAUUCCAACAACGUUCAUCAGGCGUCGUCUGCAAAUUACAGACGUAACCGAGUGAUUGUUCAGAACAUCAAUAGCCCAAUGUGUGUUGCUCUGGACGAUCAGAAAGAUAGACUCAUAAUCGGAUGUCGCGAUGAUAAUUAUCUGCAUGUAUACUCCUUCAAAUAA